AUGAGCAAGGAUGCCGAAAAGAAGAUGGAAGCAGUAAAAAUCCUCAUUCAGGAUGGCAAUUUUAGCAAAGUUGCAAAUCCUAAGCCAUUUGCUCAGGAACUUCAAUUCCCAUCAUCAAGUGCAAACUAUGCAAAUUUUGAGUCGCGAAAAUCGGUUUUCGAGAACAUCAUGGUGGCAUUACAAGAUUCUAAUGUUAAAAUGAUUGGAGUAUAUGGAACAGGAGGCGUUGGUAAGACGACAAUGGUCGAAGAGAUUGGCAAACAAGUGAAAAAUGGACUUUUUGAUGAAGUCGUGGUGGCAGUUGUCUCUCAGGACGCAAAUGUGAGCAAUAUUCAAGGGCAACUCGCUGAUCUCUUGAGUCUGAAACUAAAAGGGGAAACUGAAGUGGGAAAAGCAAAUGAAUUGUGGAACAGAUUGAACAAUGGGAAGAAAAAUCUCAUUAUAUUGGAUGAUAUGUGGCAAGAAUUGAAGUUGAAGACAGUAGGGAUUCCUAUCACUGAUGGAAACAAUCGUUGCAAAGUUGUGAUAACGUCUCGAAUCCGAGGUGUGUUGGAAAAGAUGCAUGUUGAUACAUAUGUUCCAAUGCAAGUAUUAUUAGAGAAAGAAGCAUGGGCCCUAUUCAAAACGAUGGUGGGAAAUUCUGUUGACUCUCCUGAAUUCCAUGAUAUAGCUGAUGUAGUCUGUAAAGAGUGUGGAGGCUUGCCGGUCGCUAUACUUGCAGUUGGAGCCGCACUGAAAGAUAAGAAAAAAUAUGUCUGGGAAGAUGUACUUGAUCAAUUCAAAGAUUCCAUGCUAAAGAAUAUUGCGGGAAUCGACCCAAAGGUGUAUGCUUCCUUAAAGUUAAGCUAUGAUCGGUUAGAAUCUAGUGAUGCAAAAUCAUGCUUCUUGCUAUGUUGUUUCUUUCCUGAAGAUGCUAAUAUUUCAAUUGAAGUGUUGGCGAGACACUGCAUAGCGAGAAGUUUGCUUGGCCAAAACACAAAUACACUAAUAAGAGCAAGCCGUCGAGUACGCAUAGUGGUCGAUAUCCUCAAAGAUGCUUGUUUGUUGUUAGAAGGCAGAGAUGAAAACUUUGUCAAAAUGCAUGAUGUCAUUCGAGAUGUUGCUCUUUCAAUUGCAAAAGAUGAUGGCAAGGAAAUUCUAGUAAAACAUGGUGACAAAAAGUGGCCCGAGAAAGAUACAUGUGAAUCUUCCUCAGCAAUGUCAUUAAGGUUCGACAACACUCUUGAGCUUCCGGAUGAUUUGGUAUGUCCACAACUCCACACCUUGACCAUGCUAUUGAAAUGGAAUAUCAAGCAUUUGCUUAAUGUUCCAGAUAGGUUUUUCAGUGGAAUGGAGAAACUUACAAUUUUAGAAUUGAAUAGAAUCUGUAUGUUGCCUCCAUUAUCUCUUGCAAAUUUGGUUAACCUUCGGAUGUUAUGGUUAGAUUAUUGUGUGUUGGGAGACAUAGCUAUACUCAAGGAUCUAAAUGAUAACCUUGAAAUACUUAGCCUUCGAGGUUCUAAUAUCGAGGUUUUGCCAUCAGAGAUAGGACAAUUGACUCGUCUUCGGUUGUUAGAUCUGGGCAAUUGUGACAAGCUCACAGAGAUUCCACAAGGUGUCAUAUCCAAUUUGUCUCGCCUGGAAGAAUUAUACAUUUUAAAUCCGUAUUGGUGUUGGAAGGAAAGAAGCAAAGUGAAUCUUGAUGAGUUGGGGAAAUUGACGCAAUUAACCACUUUACAGAUUCACAUACCAAAUGUCAUGCUAUUGCCCAAGGACUUCUGCUUUGAAACCUUGAUCAGAUUUGAAAUAGUAAUGGGUAAGGAAUUUGGUUUUUCUGGAACUUAUGAAUCUUUUAGAAUUUAUUCAAAGUCGUGUAAACUUGCGGGUGUUUCCUUAAUGGACAAGUUAAUCGUAUUGUUGAUGAGAGCCGAACAACUACAUUUGCAAAAAAUUGAAGGUUUACAAGAGGUGCUGCAUGACAGAGGUGCUCCAUCAGGGUUCUUCAAUAAUUUAAUUGAAUUGACAAUUGGAGAUUGUAGGUUGAAAUAUCUCUUCUCCCUGUCCUGUGCAAGAGGAUUUCCACGACUCCAGAGACUACGAAUAUUUGAUUGUGAGAUGAUGGAAGCAAUAGUUGGAAUUGAAGAAGAAAAAGAUGAAGAUGAACUCUCAAGUCAGGUAAUUAAUUUCAGUCAGUUGAAAUUUUUGGUUCUCGUGGAUCUACCCAAGCUCAUAAGCUUCUACCCCAAAGUGGAGAAGUUGUCAACAUCUGAAGGAAAUUCUUCUACCCAGGCACAAUUUUUGUUUAAUGAAAAGAUUACAUUCCCUGCCUUGGAGAGAUUGGAUAUUGAGGGACUAACAAUGAUAACAGAGAUAUGGGAUAGGAAAUUACUUCCAUCAAAGUCUUUUCGACAAUUGAGAGACUUGACCAUCAGUAGGUGUGAGAAACUGGUGUAUGUCGGUUUGUCCAAUAUGCCCCAACAAUUACCGAAACUAAAAAAACUUGAGGUUAGAUGUUGUCUGGAGCUGAAAGUAAUAGUAUCGAAGAAUGGGGGGGAAGAAGAAGAAAAACCAGAAAGCAACAAUAAUACCAACUCGUUCCUUCAACUAACGAUUUUGAUACUUGCUGAUUUGUGGAGCCUCAAAAGCUUUUUCACCUCUAGAUCUGAAACACAAUCCCUCUUCACUAGCCAGGUUACAUUCCCUACCUUGGAGAGAUUGGAUAUUGGUGGACUAACAAUGAUAACAGAGAUAUGGGAUAGGAAAUUACUUCCAUCAGAGUCUUUUCGACAAUUGAGAGACUUAACCAUUAGGAGCUGUGAGAAACUAGUGUAUGUUGGUUUGUCCAAUAUGCCCCAACAAUUACCAAAACUAAAAAAACUUGAUGUUAGAUAUUGUCGGGAGCUGAAAGUAAUAGUAUUGAAGAAUGAGGGGGAAGAAGAAGAAAAAGCAGAAAACAACAAUAAUACCAACUCGUUCCUUCAACUAACGAGUUUGAUACUUGAUGGUUUGCGGAGCCUUAAGAGCUUUUUCACCUUUAGAUCUGAAACACAAUCCCUCUUCACUAGCCAGGUUGCUUUCCCAGUCUUGGAGUAUUUGGAAAUUCAGAAAUUGCCUACCAUAAUAGAGAUAUGGGACAAGCAAUUACUCAUAGCUUCAGAAAAAGAAUCAAAGUCCUUCUGCCAAUUAAAAGAUAUGACAGUUUUUGAUUGUGAGAAAUUGGUGCAUGUGGUUCAGUUCAAUAUGCUCCCACGACUGCAAAAUCUGAACAUAUUCAGGGUAGAUAAUUGUCCAAAGGUGGAAUCGAUAGUCUCAGAGAAAGAAAAAGAAGAAGGAACCGCCAAUAAUGAUAUUAUCGGGUUAUCUCAAUUAACGAAACUUACUCUUCAGAAUUUGAUAAGCCUUAAAAGUUUUUACAACCGGUCUACAAGAUUUGAAGCACAACCCUUGUUCAACUAUCAGGUUUGA